UUUUGUUUCAAUAACUGGUCAUAGCUAAAACAUAGUGACUGCUACGGAACAAGUUGUACAACACACACAAUUUUAUUAACUUGGAAUUGCUUUUUUGAAGAAUAAUUGAUAGUUUUAAAAUAACUUAAGUAUAUAAGGACAAUAAAACAAAUUAGAAAAUGCCACCCAAAGAACGUAAUAUAGCAAUGAUGGGCUACAGAUCUGUAGGCAAAUCUUCGUUGAGUAUACAAUUUGUCGAGGGGCAAUUUGUGGAUUCGUAUGACCCCACGAUAGAAAAUACAUUUACAAAGGUGACGCGUGUUAAUUCUCAAGACUAUGGCGUUAAACUUGUGGACACAGCGGGGCAAGAUGAAUAUAGCAUAUUUCCUGUACAAUACAGUAUGGACUUUCAUGGCUACGUCUUGGUUUAUUCGAUAACCAGCCAAAAAUCAUUUGAGGUUAUAAAAAUUAUUUAUGAGAAAUUGUUAGAUGUUAUGGGAAAGAAAUAUGUACCUGUUGUGUUGGUAGGUAAUAAAACUGAUUUGCAUCAAGAGCGUACUGUUUCCACUGAUGAGGGUAGAAAACUGGCGGAAUCUUGGCGCGCUGCAUUUUUAGAAACUUCUGCAAAACAAAAUGAGUCUGUGGCCGAUAUAUUCCACCAGCUAUUGUUGUUAAUUGAAAAUGAGAAUGGAAACCCCCAAGAAAAGAGCAGCUGCAUCAUUUCGUGAGUUGUUUGGUACUUCUCUCCCAAACAAAUCACAAAUCACAUCAUCGUAUCAUUUAAAAUGCAAAACAACUGAACAAUGGCUGUUUGCCUCAAAUGCAAAUGAAGAUAACCAACAUUUUGAUGGAAGCAAGAGAUUGGUUUUCUCAAAAUUCUGUAGAGUUUAUAGUAUAAUAUAUCUCACCUUAUGUUUUAUUUUCUUUCUUUUAAAUAAAUUUCUUUUUAACAUUA